GUCACGGAGAAUGCGGACUACAAUUGCCUUGUUAGAAAUAAGUGACCUGAAAACAAACUGAGAGGCCACAGAGCCGCAGAAAAUGUUCCGUUUAUGCUGUUGCUGCUUCUCUGGCGAUAACUCCAACAACAAUGAGAGACGGCCUCUCCUGGAUUCCCGACGCUCUGAAGUCAAUAGUGCUGAAUCCGCCAGGCUGAGCCGUUCAUCAGCGGACAGCGAUGCACAGACUGUGAGACGGAUUGGACGGCUGGUGAUGAGGCGAGUGUGCGUGCCUGAGCUGGAUCAGAGGUUUUUGGAGAUGGCUGAGACCUUCAACAAGCAGCAGGAAGGCUACGAGGCCAUGGUGCAGCAUAUAAGAAACCUCCAGCAGAGCUGUGACUGUUCCCAUGAUGACACCCUUGCUUUUGUUCAGUGUUUGGGGAAGAUUAGAGAGGAGCAGGAACCAACAUACCAGGUCUCUCUUAAAAUGAAGGGCUACGACUUCUUCCUCAGUGCGGUUCCUGUGUGGUCUGAGGGCGCAGGUGAGGGGAAACCGCUUCCUCCAUGUCUGCAGAGGGCUCAGAACGAACUGAAGGGUGCUUCUGACAGCACCAGGAUGACCAUUUCAAAGGGGACCACCCUUCAAGAGCUUAUCGGCUGGUUGCUCCGUAGCCAUGAUAAAAUGGCUGAGCAAGUGAAGAAGGCAGCAGAAACUUACCAAGAACAAGGGAGACUUAGUGAGAACCUGGAGGAGAACAUGAGGGAAGUGAGGAGGGCCAAAGAGUUGUCUCAAGGAUACAGACAACAGGCCACGGCAGUUCUCACUGAGGCUGCACAGAUAGCAGGGGCUCAACUGUAGUGCACAUAUCUUUCUAAAAGUUUUGUUUUAACCGACAGCAAUGCGGAAAUACAGCAUUUCCAUGGGUUAUCUCCAUAAAUAUCCCCACCAAUCGUAUCAAGACUGUCAUAUCUCCUUUUAUUAUUUGAUUAUAAUAGAAACGUAUUCUAACACUUUAAAUAGGUUUAAAGUGGGGUUUUUUAUUUUGCGUCAUUACAUUCUGUCAUAUGUAUUGUUAGAGUGGUAGAUGCUCAUACUUAACCUGGUUUAAGGUUCUAAUAAUGAACUCUCGAUGUGUGUAACUGUGUAAAAGCCAAAAGCUCAAGCUUCAAACUGUGUUAAAUAUUCCAUUUUAGAAUUUUUUUUCUUUUAGAUUUAGCUUUGAUGAUGUUCUUCAAUGUAAAUUGUGAAGACUUUGAAUAUAUCUGUGUAUCUACAGUGCAUAAUGCCAUCAAAGGUUUCAGAGAAUCUGGACAAAUCUCUGUGCACAAGAGACAAGGCUGAAAAUCUGAAUGCACGGGAUUAAACGCACAGUCCUGUCAUGGAAAUCACUACAUGGGCUCAUGAAACACUUCUAGAAAUUAUUGUCUGUAAACAUGCGUUGCCAUGUCAUUCACAAAUUUAAGUUAAAGGCGUAUCAUGCAAAGAAGAAGCCAUAUGUGAACAUGAUCAAAAAACCCUGCUGUCUUUCCUGAGGCACUUAACCUGGACUGAGGCAAUGUGGUCAGACAAAUCAAAUCAAAAACAGGAAAGCGCCAUCCUCUGGACUAAAGAGACAAUUGUUACCAGUGCUCAGUUCAAAAGUCUGCAUCUCUGGUGGUAUGAGGAUGUAUGAGCGCUGUAGAAUUGGCAACUUGUGCAGUUGAAAAUGAGCACUGCAGGUCCCCUUUUCUCGAAUACAUGUAAUUUCCCUAGCCAACAUUAGGGGGCAAUGCCGCUUCACUUUUAUCUAACAACCGCUCAUCGUUUCAUCCUCAUCAGACUUUUAGAAAUAGCACCGCAAUGACAAAGCUUGUCUGAACUCCAGAAUUAAAUUUAUA